UUACAUUUAGACUAUCAGACACUCAUUAAAUCGCAACCUACCGAUUUCGCGCGUGCACACAGCAUUCCAAGGUCACGGCGACAAAGGCGUUCUACAAACAACUAUUAAGAGAUCCACUAAUAAUGCACCAUCCGCAAAAUAAACACACAACAAACACAUCAAAUGUGACACACAGCAGACGCCCAUUGUGUGUUCUGUCGACAAUAGCAGAGAUUAAUUCUAUUACCCAAACUGCCAAUUAUUGUUGCAAGUAUAAAAAUGUAAAUCCUGAACUAGCCUCGUCAUUGUCAGAGUAGAACAGACAGGAAGUUGUGCUGAGACCGACGGACAGGAGUAAGAAUGUUCAGAAACGUGUUCUUGAUGUUGUGUAGCGUGUCUGUCGGUCUGUAUGCAGAUGUAGAGGUGAUGAAAGAUGUCACUCUGGGGUUCGGUGAAGCGCUCCAGCAUUGCAGGGAGGAAAGCCAGCUAUCAGAAGACAAGAUGGAGGAGUUCUUUCACUUCUGGCGCGACGACUUCAAAUUCGAGGACCGCGAGCUGGGCUGUGCCAUCAAGUGCAUGAGUGCACACUACGACCUGCUCACCGACUCCCACCGCAUGCACCACGAGAACACCGACCGCUUCAUCAAGUCCUUCCCUAACGGUGAAGUGCUGUCCCAACAAAUGGUGCAGCUGAUCCACGAGUGCGAGCAGCAGCACGACGCUGAGGAGGACCACUGCUGGCGCAUCCUACGCGUGGCGGAGUGCUUCAAGGGCGCCUGCCAGCGCCACGGCAUCGCGCCCACCAUGGAGAUGCUCAUGGCCGAGUUCAUCAUGGAGGCUGAGUCGCGGUGAACGACCAUCGCGCUCGUGUCACUUCACUUCACUUCGAAAUAUCAUAAGCUAAUGAUUCAGAUACUAACCUCCUGCCUACCAUAGAUAUUUUUUUGUUUAGUAUGUUCUUUUGUUCUUACGUACUAUGAGUAGUACAGAGGGCCUAGUGGCAGUUUGAUGCUGUUACCGUCACGUAACGUAAACGUGAAUUUCUAAGGAAUUGAAACAGCGCCAUCUAGUGGCAUUACUGCACAACUGUUUCAAUUCCAUAUAAAUUUGCGUAAACGUCAACGUUGAACAGUAUGAAAAUAUUGAAAACUCCCACUAGGCACACAGAUGUAGGUCGUUACUCGUUUUCCGUAUUCGUUAUCUUAAUGCGUAAUUUCGAUUAUAAAUUCCGUGAGACUACCGCAGACUUUACGUUUUUCUUCAUUCGAAAUAAUGUCUCCAGCCAAGCCAAGCCAAGUGGCACGUUGAUUCUCUUUCUACGAUCGCUAACGCUUCGAAAACUAUAAAAAUGUAUGGGGAUGACAGAUCUUGAUCACGUGACCUGUCGAUAGUAAAUGUCAUCCCCAUACAUUUUUCUAGUUUCCGAAGCGUUAGCGAUCGUAGAAAGAGAAUCGUCGUGCCACUUGGCUAGAGGGGAAGGGCUCGCAUUCGUUACGUACGCGCGGUAAUUGUUCCGUUCGGAAUAAAACGUACAUGUGCGUCAUUUAACGUAUAUUAUAUUGAUUUCAUGCAUUCGGUUUUCCGAACACUGAAAACGGAUUCGGUAAACGAAUACGGAAAAGGAGUGUAUGCGGCCGGCCUAAAUGUAAAUUUAUUAAUAACUAGCGGACGCCCGCGAUAUCAACUGCGAGAAAAACUAUGAAAAAAUACCUGCAUGAUUAUCAUGGAGGCUGACGCGUGGUCAACUCACUACUCUCACUAAAAUCCUGGACUUAUAUACUUAAAAUACGUAGCAAUCCAGACACGCUUGUAGCCCGAACCAGUUGUAUAUACAAGCUUCUUAUGUAACAUGGCACAGUAAACUGCACCACUACAAAGUAUACGAUAUCUAAGUAUUUUUAUUUUACGUAGGCUGCACCUAUAGUAAGUAGUAAUUUGCUAGCUCUUGAGGUAAAUACGUAGCUUAUUUUUAUCAGUGUAUGAAUUAUCAUAUGAUGUAACUUAUGGUAACUAAAGAUCUAAAUAUGUAUCUAAAUUAAUACAUGAAUAUUUGAUUUUUGGUCGUUAUUUACAAAUAUGCUCUGAAACUGAUUUAUUCUUCUUCUUCUUUAAAAAAAAAUCUACCAGCAACGGAGAGAGAGACAUUAUCAACGAGUAACACAUGUACUAUGCGGGCGAAACUUCGGGGCGUUUUAGAAUAAUUAGUAAAAUUGAUUGAACAAUAACAAUAAUUAAAAUAAUUGCUUAGUAAAGUAAGAAAAUUUAACUAUUAAAAAAUUAGGCAUGGCAAAAUUAAUAAUGUUAAAAUAAAAUUUGUAAUUAAUUCUUAAUCUUAAUAGUACAAUUCGUCUGUGUCACAGAAAAGCCUUUAGAAAAAUAAGAUCUAUGCUGUGUCCAAUGUUGGUAUUAUUGUUAGAUAUAAGUAACUGAAUAUUAUAAUGUUGGUAUUUUCUUUAAA